AUGCUCAGCCGCCUCCGCCCGACACCCCCCCGGCUGGCCACCAGAACCCCCCAGCAGCAGCAGCAGCAGCGCACCCGGGCCGACCUCGCCCCGAAGAAGUUCAAGUACCGCAAGGCCUUCAAGGGCUCCCCGCCCGUCCGCACCGGCGGAUCCACCCUCGCCACCACCCUCGAACACGGCCAGUUCGGCCUCCGCGUCCUCGAGCCCUGCCGUCUGAGCGCAAAGACCCUCCAGUCCUGCGAGAUGGCCAUCAAGCGCGCCAUCAAACCCACCAAAGGCGCCAAAUCCUUCCUCCGCAUCUUCCCCGACCUCCCCGUCUGCGUCAAGGGAAACGAGACCAGGAUGGGCAAGGGCAAAGGCCCGUUCGAGUACUGGGCAUGCAGAGUCCUCUUCGAGGUCGGCGGAGGGGGCAUCCAGCAGGAGAUGGCCUACGCCGCCCUCCAACACGCCAAGCCCAGGCUGCCCGUCAAGUCCGAGUUCAUCAACCUCGCCUCCAAGCCCCGCCUCGGCAACAUCCUCAUCGACCACCACCCCACAAAAAAUCAAAAACAGCCCACCACCACCAACCUCAACCCCGACCAUCCCUCCUCCCACAAGACCAUCGUCUCCAAGAUGCUCGACCAGAUCAGGCUUGCUAGAGAACACCCUGCUAUCUAG